AUGCCGGUGGUAUCCAAAACAACAAACCCACGCUCCGGGGUAAUACCCCCCCGUGGAGACCCCCCCGACUUCACCAGCCCAAUCCCCUUCCCCAACUGGCACCGGCCCGGCAAUACCAACGACGACAACGACAACGAUGACAAUGACCCCUUCUCCACCCACCGCACCUCCCUCGACGACCUCGACAACCUCGACAAAUUGAACCCUACCGACAACCGUGCCCUAUCCACGGGUGCAAUCGCCGCUAUCGUGGUCGGUGUGGUCGUGUUGUUCCUGUUGAUCAUCGGCUUGGCCGCGUUCCUGUAUACCCGCAAGCGCAGAGCGCGGGAAGAGGAACACCAUCGGACUGCGCUACAUGUGGCUGCUAAGGAGGAGGAUAUGGUGCCUUUGACGCCGAUUGUGCAACCACCGACGCCACAGCUGCAGCAUGCAUCCACGCUGGCUGCUGUCCCGGUACCUGCAUCGCAGCAACAACAACAACAACAACAACCAAGAGCAGCUGGCGUUACGCUGGCAGACCCUCCACCGCCGUAUGUCUACCACGACAGCCCGUCCUCUAGCACAGAAACCGGUGGCAGUAGCGACCACAGCCACAGCGAGGAACAUCACGACGCGGUAGUAUCCCGCAACGCAAGCCAGAGCCUGCUGCGUCGGAGUUUCAGCCGGCGAUUAAGCCGGAGUGUGAGCGGGAGCAUUGUCAGUCACAGUGUGAUUACCAGUCGGGCAGGGAUGAUGAGUCCAAGAAGUGUGAGUCCGUUGUCGUCGAGGAUGGGGGGCAAUGAGCAUGAGGAGCAUCCAGGACAGAGAUGGGGGCACCCGGGUCGAGGGGAUGGGAGUGAGGAUGAGGAGGAGGAUGGGGCGCAUGCUACUAUUACGGAUGGGUUGGUUAGGGAUGGGAGGGGGAGGGUGUGA